AUGAGCUGCAGAUUUUUGAAGGAUCUGAUCAAUGUGUGGGGAAAGAAUUCGCAGUUCAUUGAUGAUGAAGAACAGAAUGAUGUUAAGGAGGAACGACUGGACGCUAGAUUUUUAACAGUUAUCCAUCGGUCAAAUUAUACUGUGCACAAUUACACGACACAAUUUAGCCUAGCCCAAACAUCAGCGGUUAUUGCUUUUCAGGCCAAGAUUUUCAUAAUGGCUCCUGUUAAUUCAAUGUGGAUCAAAUACCAACAAUUUCAGCCUAUUGUUCAUUACUGCACAUUGUCAAGGAAUAUUUCAACUUUCCUCACAUCUCAAAAUUAUUCCUGUGUCUUUAUAAAAAGUCAAUGA